UCCAAAGCACGCGUCGCCCUUCCACCGGCCGGCGCUCUGGGUCCCGACUUCUGCCUUCCGCACGCGUCUCUCAUCCAUCGUGAGAGAUCGCCGGGGCGAGGCGAGGCCAGCAGGGCGGCGCCAUUCGUCUACCGCAGCUCCUCCAUCGAAGGCAACAAAAGGUGGAGCUCUGAUUAUUGGUGCCACUUUUAUCUUUUACCAAGGACUCUGGUGCCUCAUUUCACGAGCAGGAUGCUAAGUUUGGUCUAGCAACUAGAUUGUAAACUCUGUGCUGAUUUAAUAACAUUUCUGAAAGAAUUCUUUUGUUGGAAAGUUUAUUAGUAGUUUGCAAAAAUGAAGGAUCAUCUUAUGCUCAAUGUUGAUGACCUAAGCAUUCCUGAGUCCACUGAGGUCACCGGGGCAAUGAAGAACACACCAUCUGGGGAAACCAUUGCACAACCACCCUCCACAGCUCAUACCGCUUUGGCAGUUGGAGAAAGCAUGGUUUCUGAAGAGGAACCUCUUCUGCAGAUGGUGGAGUGUCGCAUUUGCCAGGAGGAGGACAAUACAAAAAAUCUGGAGAGUCCAUGUGCUUGCACUGGCAGUCUAAAGUAUGCUCAUCGGGCUUGUGUACAGCGGUGGUGCAAUGAGAAAGGAGAUGUAACAUGUGAAAUCUGUCAUGAGCCUUAUGAACAUGGGUACACUGCACCUCCCAGACCUCAUCCGGAUGAAACUACCAUUGAUAUAAGUGGCGGCUGGACCAUUACUGGUACUGCAUUUGACUUGCGUGAUCCUAGGAUCCUUGCGGUGGCACAAAACCACAUUAUGGAAGCUGAAUAUGAUGACUAUUCUGCCACAAAUGCGAGCACUGCUGCCUUCUGUCGCUCUGCUGCUCUUGUUUUAAUGGCUCUCUUAUUAUUGAGACAUGCACUGACUCUAACUGAUGAAGACGACGACGAUACUUCUGCAAUGUUUUCCCUUUUUCUAUUGCGCGCUGCUGGUUUUCUGCUACCUUUCUACAUUAUGGCUUGGGCAAUUAGUAUCUUGCAGCGACGCAGACAGAGACAGGAGGCCGCUGCUUUAGCUGCGACGGAGGUGGCAUUCAUCCUGCAGUCGGAGCAAGAAAGGGGAGUGCAUUUCACCAUCGCACCGGACUCUCCUGCCACACCUCAGCACGAACCACAGCCUUGAGGGGUAGGGUAUGGAGAUCUAUUGAGGGGGAGUGGCUAGCUGCAGCCGCGGCGACCUCAGAUUGCUUGUUUGCACGGGUUUCUUAAGGAUUUAUGGUUGCUGUCUAGUGCAGAACCAGAUAAAUUUGUGCCCAAGUGUAUUGUCAUAUCACUGUACUGAGUGUAAAGAUGCAUGGGAAUUGGGAUCCCCCAGUUUGUGCUUUGGAUUUCGCUAGUGUGUUUUGCGUGUCGGUCAGGGAGUAACAGGUGUAUAUAACAGAGAUAUCUGGGUCCAGUGCUCCGCCCCAAAGGUGAAAAAAAAGGGUGCUUCCUCAGGCGGCUGUUUGGGCGGUAUCUGCAUGUGCUCGCUUACAAGUCAACCAGAACAUGUACACAUGAAUACAAACCCUCUCUUCAGACGAGCGGGAUUGCUUUUGGAAUUGAUUUGGAUCCAAAUGCUA